AUGUCGCUUGAUCAAGAUUAUGGGGAGUUGCCCCCGCAUGCACUGAUUCUUACACCCAAGAUGUGCAGGUUCAACCGGGCGAGGCUUAGCGAUAGCCAAAGUCCUGUUUCACGGAGCGUUCCAUGUUACUCCGGACCAGCCGAGUUGGUUAAUGCCAAGCCACUGCAUAUUGAGCUUGAGAUGGAUGAAGGCUAUAUCCCUCCACCCGAGCAAGAUCCAGAUAAAACCUUAGACACGCAGCACGGUCUGGGCAGCCAGUCGGCCCCACUUGUCACCAAGUUCCCUGGUGACACCCGCACACUCGCGAUGCCGGAGGGCAUCUUUUCCCAAGCUGCUGUGGACUUAGAGUCCAUGGUCCAUUCCGCUUGA